AUGCCUGAAAAUAUGUUGGACUUCUUUUACGAUUUGUCAAAAACCAUCAUCCGUUUCCCGGAAACGGAAGCUGGAAUGGAAGCGAUUGCUACCGAUUUCAGAAGUGUUGCUGGUUUCCCGGAUGUAAUUGGCUGCAUAGAUGGCUGCUACAUCUAUAUUCGAAAACCAGCGCAUAAAAUACGUUCAACGUACAUAAAUCGCCAUGAUUUACUCUCAAUGACCCUCCAGGGGAUAUGCGACGCGAAGAGAAGAUUUCUUGACGUCUGUGUGGGUUAUCCAAGUAGAAUCCACGACUCAAGAGUCUUCUCUCUAUCACCGAUCAGUAAUGAACUACCUGGCAUUAGCCAUGGCAGGUACCAUCUGCUUGGUGACGCCGCAUACCCUUUGCGAGAGUAUUUAAUUACGCCAUUUAAAGACUAUGGCAAUCUUUCACACAAGGAAAGAACGUAUAAUCUAAAACAUUGCCAAACGAGGGUAAAAAUAGAGAACUGUUUCGGGAUUCUUAAACAAAGGUUUCGACAGCUGACGCGUCUUGACUUCUUCCACGUAGAGAGGAUGUUCAAAUUUCUUAUCGCAUGCUGUACGCUACACAACAUCUGCAUAAAUGAAAAUAAUACAUACAUCAGUGAUGAUGAAGAAGAUGAUCCCGAUCUCAAUGUGGUCGAUGAAAUGCGAAGCAGCCAAUUGUCAACCACCGGUGGCUCCCAAAGUACACGAAAUGCGGCAUUGCGGAGACUGGGAGAACUGAAACGUAAUGACAUUGCUGAAGGCUUUAUGCAGUAA